AAUUUGGACAGCUCCUAGCCAGUCAUCGACCAUCACGAAACAACAGUAAUUGUUCGCAGCUCGUCUUGUUCGGGUUGUUGGUUUACUCGCAGCAUGAUUGGACUCAUUCAAACAGUAGCUGUUCUCAUUCUGGUUCUUAGCCAAGAUGUAGAGAGCGCAGCAAUCGUUCAGCGCCAGGAUCCUCCGGACACAGUCAUUAACCUGCAGGGCGUGGGAUUAAUACGUGGAGGAUUAGGGCAGACUGCCCGCACCAAUCAAACCAUCAUUCAGUUUUACAACAUUCCAUAUGCGGAAGCCCCGAUCGGGACCCAGAGAUUCAAGGCACCGGUGAAGAUUGCCCCGUGGAACGAAGUACGAGAAGUAAGUGAACCAGGCCGAGAAUGUCCCCAGCCGGUGGAAGGGAUGAAUCAAGACAACGAAGACUGCCUAUCGUUAUCGGUGUUUACCAAGAAUACAACGGGCAACUACUCCGUUAUGGUUUACAUCCAUGGUGGAUCGUUCUACUUGGGAGCAGCGGUUCAGCAUCCUCCGAAUUAUCUCCUGGAGCGAGAUGUUGUCUUAGUGGUGAUCCAGUAUCGUUUGGGACCCCUAGGUUUUCUGUCGACCCUGAGUGAAAUAAUUCCUGGCAAUGCUGGCAUGUUGGACAUGAUCAUGGCAUUAGAGUGGAUUCAGGAUCAUAUCGCUGAAUUUGGCGGGAAUCCCAAUAAGGUGACAGUGUUUGGACAGUCUGCAGGAGCUGGUGCCAUUUCUGCAAUGUUGUACAGUCCACUAGUUUCGCAAAAGCUGUUCAACCAGGUUAUUCUGCAAUCCGGAGGAUCGCUAUCUACAUGGGCCGUGGAUCCCGAACCGGUGACUAAUGCAAUCGAUAUUGCCAAGUUUGCUGGUUGUAAUGAAGCUAUGCCUUUAGUCCAAGUAGAACAAUGCUUACUAGCAGUAGAUGCCAAAGAUUUGGUGAAAGCCUUGCCACUACAUGCAGCAAGUCAAUACGCAACAUAUGGCAUGGAAAACAUUGGAGGUUGUGGAUUGGUUGUUGGGGGACCUUCAGGGUUUCUUCAACGGAAGCCUGUGGAGUACGUUCGCCGAGGUGAGGUACGACGCGAUAUUCGUAUGAUGGGCGGAGUUACCAAGCAGGACGGAUCUUUCGUAGUCAACAGCAUCUACGACGCAUUAGUGGCCUCGAAAAUGAUCAACGACACCAAGUUUUUGCAGUACGACCUAUUGGACAUGAUCAAUCGCUUCACUGGCCUGGACGACCCAACUGGAGCAUUGGCAGCUUACGAAAUUGAAUCGUUGCUCAACGCUGAUCAGCUCAAGAGUGGCAAUUUUACCCAAAUGGUCGACGGAUUGAUUGAUAUUGCCGGUGCGAUUGUUAUCAAAGGUCCCUUGCUCAGAGAUAUCCAAGCGAACGCGCGAUACAGUGAAAAGGAAACAUAUCUGUAUUCGUUCGAUUACGCUGGAGAGCAUACCAGGUUUGGCUACGGAGAGAAUACUUCGCACUAUCCAUACAAGGGCGGUAUUCACCACUCAAACGAUAACAUUUAUCUGUUUCCUUUUCCGGAUUUUGCAACGAAGCUAAACACCGCUGACACCAAAAUGUCCGAGACCAUGAUUGACUUGUGGACUUCGUUUGCCAUCGAUGGCGUCCCGAAGUCCAAGGACCUGCCCGAGUGGAAACCUGUUGACAGUGUUGUUGGUCCUUACAUGCACAUCAACACACCGGCCAGGAUUGGUGAAAACUUCUACCAUGAGUUUUCAGCGACCACCACCGCUCAGUCAAGUGCUUCCCGGGUUCAAGUUGGCUUUUUCUCAGUGUUAUUCGUGACCGUAGUGGUAGCAAUAGUUUUGCAAUGGCACUAACGCAUAACAAAUGCUGUAGCUGUGAGAAUACAUUAUUUUAAAGAUGAACUGUAAUAAUGAUGUAGGGCGUUUUAACCAUUCUGAGAAUCAUGCAGGUGACGAUCUAGAACCAAAGGAAUAUAAUCCAUGGAAUAGGCACUCAAUGAAUCUUUAACGAACAUUCGACAAGUCAGCAGAAAUAGCAUAAUUUUGGCUGAAAAUGAUUAAGCAUAUGAGAUCAUGGUUGUAUCAUUAAUUUUGAUUGUGUAAAGUCUCGAUUUCAAUCUUAAUAUACUGAAUACAUGUAUUUAUGUGUCACAAUAUUA